AUGUCAGGAUGCUUGCACCCUUUCUUUGCGGGUCAUCCCAGGAGAUACUUCUCUUGGCCCUCCUUCAGCAGAGCCACCCUGAGCCCUGUGCUGGCUUUGCGCGUGCUGGCGCACCCCUUGGGCCAUGGCGGCUGGGACCACCUGCAGCACAACCUCAUGCUCUUCUCCUUGGUGGGCCCGCCCUGCGAGCGCCACUACGGGUCCGAAGCGGUGCUGAAGGUGCUUUUGUGCUGCAGUGUGGCCAUUGCAGCGUGCCACUGGCUGCUGGGGCCUGCGAACUCGCAGGUUUUCGGACUCUCUGGGUGCGACUUCGCACUUGUGAUGCUGAACGGCUUCGCGGGCUGCGGCCGGAACAUGGUGCCCGCUACCGCCCUGCUGACUGCGUCUCUCUGGGUCGCUGCGGAGGUUGUGCCCUUCCUCCGUGGAAGACAUGACGGCGUCUCGCAUUUGUCGCAUUUGGCGGGCGCGCUGAUUGGUAGCUACUGCGGGUAUGCGGUGGGCCAAGCACCCGGCGGCUUCCGAGAUUGGCUGCGGCAGCUGGGCUCGCAGCGGCACGGGAUGAACGUUAGACAGGUCCUCGCGCGCGAGGACCUUGCGAGUCGGGUGGCAGGCCGGCGCUGGCGCCCAGCGUCUUGGGGCGGGCCUUUGAAGCACAGGCAGGCUGAGCGUGCUCCAGGGGCUGAAUGCGCUGGAGCCUCUGACACGGAGACCUCCAGCAGCACGUCCAGCAGCUCGGCCAGCCGCAGCAAAGAGCUGCGGCCGCUGGCAGGGCACAAGCCAGGCGCAAAGAAGGACAAGUGGGAGGCAAUGGACAGCGAGCUGAGCUGCCUGGAUGACCAGCCCAUGCUGCCCCGCUCAGGGAGCAGGCCGGGCUUGCCGGGCCGCAGGAGCGUGGCGCUCCGCAGCCAGAGCUGCGGGAGUCGGAGCAGUCACAGCCAAAGCGGCCGGAGUGCUGGCAGCCGCGAGGAGGUGAGCAGGGUCUGA